AUGAGAGCGACGAGCACGACGGCGGACGGCGACGGCCUCUCCAACGAGCACAUCGGCCUGAUUGGCGCUCUGAGCAGCGUCAUCCUGAUCCUGGUGCUGGUCAUCCUGUAUAUCGUGCACAGGGUGCGCGCCCAGCGGGCCGGCCAGGUCGUCAGUCAGCUGGCUCCCGCGUACGCCGACCGACUGCACCCGGACGGUGCCAAGACCGCGUUGGGGGAGCAGUACGCCGAGUCCGGAUACCGUACCCCGUACAGCGCCAUCUGCGAGAAGUAUGGCGAACCACUCAGCCCCGGACACUACGCAGACUACCAGUCGCAGGACUACGCCGAGCCGCUGAUGACGACGCCGCCGCCGCUGCCGCCCGUCACCAACAGCCCGCUCUCGAGCUGCAAGCGGCCGCCGCUGACCAACGGGCCCAAGAUGGCGCUGGAGCCGCCGGCGAGCCCGCAGCUGAGCCUCAGUCCGCGCUCCAAGCACAGCCCGAAGACGGUGACGGCGCUGCGGCGCGGCGCCGCCAGCCCCGUGUUGGAGCAACACUACGCCGCCACCGAUAUCUGCAGGCCAACGAACUUCUUGUCGGAAGAAAACGGACCGAUGGACGACGUUGAAAUUCCGCAGAUCCCGCGCCAUCAGCUGAAGCUCUACGAAAAACUGGGCGAGGGUCAGUUCGGCGAGGUGCACCUUUGUCACAUCGAGGGCGGCAGCGACGUGGUGCCGGACGUCAUUGGGCCCGGCUGUCGCAGCCUGGUGGCCGUCAAGACGCUGCGGCCCGGCACCUCCCAGGCGGCCAGGGCGGACUUUGAGCGGGAGGCGCGCACCCUGGCCCGCCUGCAAGACCCGAACAUCGUGCGCGUGCUGGGCCUGUGCACGCGCGAGGAGCCCCUCUGCGUGGUGGUCGAGUAUAUGGAGCAUGGCGACCUCAACCAGUACCUGCAGCAGCACGUGGCGGAGACGGCCCUGCACGCCUCCGGCAAAGUACUUAGCUACGGAAGCCUGAUUUAUAUGGCCACUCAGAUAUCGUCCGGUAUGAAAUAUCUGGAAUCCCUAAACUUCGUGCAUCGGGACUUGGCUACGAGAAACUGUCUGGUCGGUCGCGGGCACAUGGUGAAGAUAUCCGACUUCGGCAUGAGCAGAGGCGUGUACGCCAACGACUACUACAAGAUCGAGGGCAGGACACUGCUGCCAAUUCGCUGGAUGGCCUGGGAGGCCAUCUUUCUGGGUAAAUUCACCACCAAGUCGGACGUUUGGUCGUUUGCGGUGACGCUGUGGGAGGUGCUGACCUACGCGCGCCAGCAGCCUUACGAAGAGAUGACCGAUGAGCGCGUCAUCGAGACGCUGGCCCAGCUCUAUCACAACGACGCGCAGCAGGUGUACCUGCCGCAGCCACACGAUUGUCCGCGUGAGAUCUACGACCUGCUGCUGGAGUGCUGGCGGCGUGACCCGCUCGACCGGCCCAACUUCCGCGAGAUUCACCUCUUCCUGCAGAGGAAGAACCUCGGCUACCGCAACGAGUCGGGUUCGUGAGACGCCGCCGCUGCCCCGGCCACGGACUUCAUAGCGCGGCGGCGCGGCCGGCGCGUGUUCCUAACCGUGCGACGCUCACCAGGAGCCGAGCUGACCGGCCGGGGACGGUUCUGUCUGUGAUAUAGCGGCGGGCAACGGGGAGCCCCGCUGCUCCAGUCGAGGGGCGGCGCGUGGCGCCGGUGCCGAGCCAGCCCCGGGGCUCCUAGUCAAGGCCCUGGCGCGUGCAGCGGCGGGGCGAUCUCCGCACGUGCCUGACCGACCCCGCGGCAGUGGGGACGCGGAUGGUGCACGUCGUGCGUCUCUCGCGUGUGCGUGUGUGUACCCGGCGCCGGGACGAAGUCCCGCUGCG